CGGCGCCGCCACCAGCUGACUCAGAAGGGGACAGAGCCGGAGCCCGAUCGGAGCCGCCUGGUGCGCCCAGCCCUGCAGCGCCGAGCCCAGCCCAGCCGCGGAGCCCCCGCCCGGUACGGUACCCGCCGCCUGUCGCUUUCCACGGGGCUAGAGAGCAGGGAGCCGGGCCGAUCGCCCCGCUGCGCUCGGGGAGAAGAGCCCGGCCGGGGACCCCCCCGCUACGCAGCCAGGAGGAAGAGGAGCGGGGGCGAGGAAGCGGGAGCGUUUCUGGAAGUGAAACCGAGCCGUGGACUGGUCUCAGGGGCGCCCUGGGAGGGGAGCGCGUUGGAUCUGCCUUAACCACCCCCCGCCCCGCCCAUUGAAACCAACUUUCCUGCCUGUGGGAUCUGCAGCCCCCCUCCCUGGUGCCCCCUUUCUCUGUCUAGGCCGGGGCGCCGUGUGCUGAUCUGGGGUCGCUUGGCUGAUGUGUACCAAAAUGGAACAGCCGUUCUAUCAUGACGACUCCUUUCUUUCCGGCUACGGGCGUGCAGAGCUGAGCGGGCCCCCGGACUACAAGGCGCUGAAGCAGAACAUGGCUGUCAACCUCUCAGAGCCCUACCGGGGCCUCAAGGCACAGCUGCACCUCCGGGGCCAGGCAGCCGAGGAAGGAGGCGCCUUCUACACCCCCGCCGGCCUUCCCGAGGCGGGGGCCAACUCUUCCCUCAAGCUGGCCUCGCCCGAGCUGGAGCGGCUCAUCAUCCAGAACAGCAAUGGGGUGAUCACCACCACGCCCACCCCGGGCCCCUAUUUCUACCCCCGGGGGGCCACUGAGGAGCAGGAGGGCUUUGCUGAUGGCUUUGUGAAGGCCCUGGACGACUUGCACAAAAUGAACCACAUGACCCCGCCCAAUGUCUCCAUUGGCGCGGCUGCCUCGGUGGCCAGCAGCGUCUAUGGGGCCUCCCUUCAUCAAGAGCCGCCCCCUGUCUACACCAACCUGACCAGCUACAACCCCAGCACUAUGACCACCUCCUCCAGCUACCCCACUGCCAACCUCAGCUACCUGCCCCAGACCCACGCCUAUGGGGGUCACUCCUUGGCCACUUCCCUCCCAUCCAGGGUGCAGGUGUUCAAGGAAGAGCCUCAGACUGUGCCAGAUGUCCAGUCGCCCCCUGUGUCUCCCAUCAACAUGGAAGAUCAGGAGAGGAUCAAGGUGGAAAGGAAGCGGCUGAGAAACCGGCUGGCGGCUACCAAGUGCCGGAAGAGGAAGCUGGAAAGGAUAGCCCGGCUGGAGGACAAAGUCAAGACGCUGAAGACUGAGAACGCGGGACUGUCCAACACGGCUAGCGUCCUGAGAGAUCAGGUGGCCCAACUCAAGCAGAAAGUCAUGAAUCACGUGAACAAUGGUUGCCAGUUGCUUUUGACUGUUAAAAUGCAAUCCUUCUGAAACCCCCCCCUUCCCCCCCCAGCCCCAUCUUAUUUAAGAGACUUGCGUGUAACUGGUCUCUCUGUUGGAAAGUUUACAUGAACUUUAGCUGGACUUCUGUAAUGUUCUCAUGAGUCGGACCAACCUCUGCAUGCAACUUUGAAGAUGAUUCUCUGCCUCCUCCUGUUUGCUGAUGGUUGUAUUUUAUUUUAUUUUUUUUGGAUGGGAGGGGGUUGUAUUUUGCUCUCUGCUGGAUUCAGAAUAUUUGCAUAUUGCCUAAAAUUUAUGUGUAUGUUGUGUGAGUGUAUUUAAAAAUGGAACAAACCAACAAACUUGUUGCAUAGCUGGACAGUGCGGCAAGAGGUACUUUGGCGAGGAAACCAUGUAAUAAGAGAACUGUGUGUCUGAACUAAGGGGCCAGGACUUUCCUGAACUUAAAACAGAACAAACAAACAAAAUCUGAUACUUGACAUUGACAGAUAAGAGAAACUGAUUGCCACACCAUAGAACUGCCUCGCCCAUGAAAGGAAAUAUGGCUUAUUUACUUUACUUUUUUUUUUGUGGUGUUUUUUUUUUUAAACAAGUCCUUGAAUUUGUUUUUGUUUUUAAAAAGCUGAUUGUA